AACUCAUUUCCGUUUGCACAUAUCUGUAUUCUCUUCUCGUUGCAACAACAUCCUGUUCUCCUACUCCAGCGCUCGACCAACAACUCACACAUUAUGGCCGACCGUUUUCCCUCAUUAGACGAGAUCGAUGCGGGCCAAACAGAAGCCCGCGGCGAGGCCAAUUUCGAUCUUGUAGGAGGCGCCACCGAUGGCGAUGACUUCUUGUCUCGCGAGCGCGCAAUUCUCGGAGACGAUGCAGACCAAUUCGCUUCGGCAAACGACAAGCUGGCAACAGUGGAAGAUGGCGACGACGACCUCCUGGGCGGAGAUACAAGCUUCCAGGCCAACGUUGGCGGCCAGGAGAUAACUGGAUUCGAGAGCUCUUUUCCUGAGAUCGACACAACCAACGAGCACAUGGCACCUGGCGGAACCAUCACCGGUUCGACACUUCCCUUCCUUCCCGGUCAACCCCAAUCCGCAUACUCUCCACAGCGGUCAGAUUCCCCAGAACCAGAUGUCAUCCGAGAAUGGCGCGAACGCCGCGACCUACAGAUCCAGCACCGUGACAAGGUCUCCGCCGAGCGCAAAGCACAGACAGUAAAGGAGGCUCAGGAGAAUAUCGACGACUUCUAUGAUAAUUACAACAACAAGAAGGAGAAGGAAAUAGCCAAGACACGGAAGGAGGCCGAGGAAUUCCUGGAGAAUCGCGACGACACAACUGCAGGUGGCACAAGCUGGGAGCGCAUUGCUAAGCUUGUCGAUUUGAGCGGCAAGGGUGUCAAGGGUGGAGCAUCAGGCAGCGAGAAACAACGAUUCAGAGAGCUUCUCCUCAGCCUGAGGAAGGACGAGAAGGCUCCGGGUGCCUCUGGCUACUAGAGGUCGGGGCGGAUGAAUGCAGCGGAUUAGAUGGUACAAUGGACGAUAUAUGAAGCGGCCAGGGCAUGAUUUGCAUUGUAAUUCAAACAGUAUGGCGCACGGCAUCACCUGGGCUUCGAUCGUGCAUAUCUGACAUUGUGUUAAUAUUUUGGGCAACUCAAAACCAUUUCUACUUUCAUGUUUGUGCUUGUACCGUUUCUUCCUUGGAAUUUCUUCCUGAUUACCCACAUGUGCCCACCACACAUUCAUUAUACUUACCGCCAAUACAUCGUUCACUCGCCAAUCACUUUGUUCAAGCCGCUUUUACUGUUCCAUGAGACGUAUGAUUUAGAUUCAGAACCCAAAAGUCAGUCCGAAUGCCGGUCAAAUGAUGCACUGUAAU